AUGCACAAUCUUCACAUCUUUCGCAAUCAAACGUACAAGCUCGAUAAAAUACAGCCGCUGGAGAAUGGAACGCUGGUCACCUUCAUCAACAAUGGCCUCUUCGCAAUGGUGGAACAGCUCAACAACUUUGCCUGCUACGUCGAGUCUCGGCUGGUUACGCUCAAUCGACAGAUUGACACUUGCUACUCCAAUCUGGUCAUUCUAGAGAUGAAGCUCAAUAGUAUAAAUAUUCCUGAUGACAAGGUGACCACUAGUCAAGCACCACCGAAUGCUACAACCUCAAGUCAAGCAGAGGCAAGUGUCUCUGCCUCUCAAACUGAUACUUUCGUUACGAAACCCAGUUCAGUGAGUGAAACAGCAGCAAAUGAUCAGUUAAAAACAAAAGGCGACAUCGAAGGAGGCGAGACACCGACAAACGAAGAAGCAGACCACAUUGAAGCUGCUCAAGAAGAUCAUUCUGAAGAGCUUGAAAAGUACCGAAAAAUGCUCAAACUCGGCGUUCACGAGGGCGCUGUCAGACAGAAGAUGCUUCUCGAGGGCGUUGAUCCGGCAAGACUGAAACUUUGA